CAGUGGACUUAUUCGAAAGGGAAGACACGUUUGUUAUACAGGAUACGCACUUAUUUUGGGUUAAACAUUUUUAAAUGACACACAAGAACUUUGCGUCUAUUUUGUGUAUCGGUUGCUCAUGUGUGCAGCUAAUAUCUAGUGGCAUCUAACAUGGUAGCAUAGCAACAAUAUCUACUUAAUCGUUCCAAUGUUCCAGGUGCACAAUGACAAGCCACACUGAUCUCUUCCGAGCACAGUGUGUACACGCACACGUAAGAAAGGGCACGAUAUGUUGCUAAACAAAAGUCAGCAAACAGUCUUUUUCAUUAUAUAUGCACGUCACGUUUGACACUUGUUAGCAUUACCAAAACCCACGCAUCCAUCGAUGAGUAAAAAACUAACCUGAUUAAAAACAAAAUCAGUUUCACUGUUAUGUUGCUCUAAAAUGCCAACAUACACAGGGACUUGCGUUUAGGUGAAAAUAUCGUUUCUGUAGCCAAGUCCUUCCUACGUGCUGUUGAGAAAUAUGCUAAUGUGACCUCCUUCCAACCUCUAGCUCGUGGUUAGCAGCCAUCAUUUAGUAGCUAUGCUAACAGUUAGGGUGAGACAGGGAGUCACUAAAUUUUUGUUGCCAAUCAUUAGUCUACCAACACUGUAAUUGUCUCUUAAUUUUUCAUUCAUCAGUUGUACCAUAAACCUCCUAAGUUUUAGACCUCAAAGAGCAACAACAAUUUAUUGAAGAUGAAUAGAGAAACAUGAAAAGAAAGUGGCUUCUAUCUGUCCUAAUCAAAACAAUUGCUCAAGGCAGGCAUACCAUGUCCACAUCAGAGGACAAGGCAGCAAAAAGACAUUUAAGAUCAUUACAAGGAUCAUGAUUUUUCACUCUAACUCAGUGAUAAGGAAAACAAACUUGGCUGUGUGGAGAGCAUGGAGGACAUUUACAUUGAGCCUGCAUUCCUCAGUUGGUGCAUCGUCCAGUACAAGCUUCCCAGACAAAUCUGAAGAACAGUCUGCUGUUUCAGCUGAAAAGUCCCCUCACAUGCCUGUCAUGGUUAAAGAGGUGCUCCAUUAUUUAGACAUCCAGCCAGCUCAGGUGGUCCUGGACAUGACAUUUGGAGGUGGUGGUCAUACCAAAGCAAUACUGGAUACUGUUCCUGAAGUCACGGUUCUGGCCCUAGACCGAGAUCCUACAGCAAUUUCUCUGGCCCAGCAGUUAGCCAGGGAACACUCUGGUCGUGUGAAGCCAUUGCUCGGCCGGUUCAGCGAGCUUGAAACCCUGCUGUCUAACAUGAACAGUAAGCCAGGCAGCAUUGAUGCUGUCCUGUUGGAUGCUGGCUGUUCCUCCAUGCAGAUGGAUCAGGCAGAGAGAGGCUUCUCCCUCAGCAAGGAUGGACCUUUGGAUAUGCGAAUGGAUGGAGAAAGGUACCCCGACAUGCCCUGCGCUGCUGACGUUGUGAAUACCUUAGAUCAACAAGCUCUAACAUCUAUCCUCACAGCAUAUGGGGAAGAAAGACACGCCAGGAAAAUAGCUUCAGCCAUUGUGGAGGCACGCCGUGUCAGCCCCAUCACCCGGACACAGCAGCUGGCCAGUGUGGUUGCAGGAGCGUUUCCUGCUGCUGUUGUCUAUGCACGUAAAGACCGACUCCACAGACCUGCACAUGUUGCCACUAAAACCUUCCAAGCUCUGCGCAUCUUUGUGAAUGAUGAGCUGAACGAACUACACUCAGGCCUUCGUGCUGCUCAGACAGCACUGAAACCUGGAGGACGUCUCUGCGUGAUCACAUUUCACUCGUUAGAGGACCGACUUGUCAAGCGGUUCCUGCAGGGAGAUAACAUGUCCAAUCUGGAUCAGUACCACUUCAGCCCGAGGAAGCAAGGCAGCAGAAAGGAGAAGACGGUGGAUGAUAAAAGAGAUGGCAAAAGUGUCCACUGGGUUCCUCUACGAAGAAAAGUGAUCACUCCUGAAAAAAACAAUGUAAGAGAGAAUCCUAGAGGACGGUCUGCCAAACUCAGGGUGGCACUACGACAACAGGACAAUAUUAAUUAUGAGAGAUGAGAUAUUUAGUCAUUAUCAAAACAUUUUUACAAUAAACCCAAAGCUGUGAGAACAAUAUUUCAGUGAAAACUGCCUCAGUAGAGACUCUGGAUAUGUUGUUGAUGCAGUUGUUUGUUGCUACGAAACCAGAGAGGGUUGUUGCCCUUGGUGCUGAAAGUAGUGACCCCUAGUGGUUAAUUAAAAGAAAGCCGCCUUUGUUACCUUGGAAACUCUGACGUUCAGUUCAAUAUAGCCUGCUAACUCAUUAACUGUGCCGGUGGCAUAAAAUCAAUGAUCCAAAAUUACUUUUGCUGCAUAAAAGUUGUAUUAACAUGGUCAUACAUGCCAUACCAUUAUACUGCCUCCACCAUGUUUGACAGAAGAAGAGUAAUAUCAAUCUUCUUUCCUUUUCUCAUAACUGUUCUCAUUCUAUUGAUUGGGUAAAAAUUAAUAUUGGUUUCAUGUGUCUGAAAUAAAGUCUGCAUCUUCCUGAAUUUUUAAAUGUACUCAACUCACACAUUGAAAGUACCUUUUCUUCACCAAGGGAUGAUGGCACUAAUCCACUUCCAGGCCUUUUGGUGUUGAUGAAGUCACAAGUGCAUUGAUUUCUUUUUAAUAUGAAAAAAGUUAUUCAUGUUUUUUCCACUAUGUCUUAUUUCUACUUUUGGCCAAACAGUGACUUUUUUUUUCUUUCAUCAGUGCCCAUUUGGGCACAUUAAGGUCCAUUAUUAACUGUCACAUAAUGGAGAAAAAAGGAGUUUGAGACCUGAGGUGUUGAUAAUGAGGAAACGGGCUGCUCUUCAGUCAGUCAUCCCAUUACUUUUGAGGACAAUUUUAAAAAUCCUAAAAGGUUAAAGCAAUAUUUUUAAUUUCUACUUCAAUCACACCUUAAUCCGUUUAUUUCAAAAUAUAGUAUGGUGGAAACUGUAAUAAUAUUUAAGACUUUAUACAUGUAAUUAUUGUAUUUUAAAGCUUUGCCGCACAGCACAGUAAGUGGUUGCUGCUCAGUAGCUCAACAUAUAAAAUUGGAAAAAAGAAAAAAAAAUCCUUUUCUCAUUGACGUCUGUAUUUUCCCUGAACCUCCCUUGAUGAGUAGCUCGAGUGCAACCUCUACUGCACCAUAUGAAUCAGUAAUGCCACUAAAUACUGAAUGACGCAAGUGUCAGAAGUGGUGCUGAAUGAGCUGGGUGGUUGUUCUUGAGCAUUCUCUCACCUUCAACUGUAAGCAGACGAGGUGUUUUGAUCUUUACUAUUUGACUUUGACUAAUUGUAAUUGCUCCAUCAAGAUUAUUAACACUUUUUUUUUUGUUCUGUCUCAGUUUAGUGCUCUCUAAAUAUACCCUCUUCGUUACCUUGGAAACUAAGUGGAGCAAGUAACACUCAAGUGUAUCUAAAAUUAUAUGGUGUUUUAAUCUAAUCUGAAAUGAUGCCAUAUUGUGAGUUUGUGCGAUUCUUCCUUUUGACAUCAGUGGAUGUCGAACUUCUGUUUGCUCCUAGAAUUUGCCAGGAUAUUUGUUUUGUUUUUGUUUUUUUUUUUUUUUUUUGCUUGUCUUUUUUUUUGCUUGUCUUUUAGUGCCACAGACUCUUCACUGAAUCACACUGUUUGCUGUGCACCAGGAGUUGAACAUAGGCAGGAAAAUGUUUCUCACGACUUCAUCUCACACUGAUGCCUGACACUGUCCACAACAAAACAGAAUACAAAAUAAAAAUGAGAGGCAAAAUGUGCACUUUUUAACGGUUUGCAAAUGAUUGGUAUUUUCUUUGUCCUUUCAAAAUAGUGUAGAUUUAUGGCUAUAUGUAUGUGUUAUAAGUUUUAGAAUUUUCUGAUCAUUAACUGCAUAUUCAUCGUUUGAGGGAACAUCAUACCACCUGUUCCCUUCGAGCAGCAUUUGUGAGAUCAGUCUGAUGUCUUAAGCACAGAUGUAUUAGAAAUAUUUUGGACUAAAAUGAUCAAAACAUACAAAAAUUUCUGGUGUUGUGGAGUUUGACAGGAGUGAGUCUGAAGGACAUCUGUGGCCAAACCCUUAAGCUCCACUUGAGGCUGGCAGCUCAUGGCUGUACACAACUGAGGAAUAGAAAAGAAAUACUUACAAUUCUGCUUUAUUACUUUUUUUUCCCUUCUUUUUUUAAAAAUGAGCAUAAGAAGUACAAGGCCAAAUCAGUGUAGUACUCUUUUACUCUUAAUUAUGGUCAUUACUAAAACAUUCAGAACCUUUCAGAACCUUUCAGUACUUUUGUUUUUACUCAGAUGUGAAUGGGCUUGUAUUUUCCCUCAAUAUUUACAACCAUGACUGAUUAAAGGUCAGGGGCAACAACAAUAGACUGGGAAAUAUUGUAAUUCAAUGACAAUAACACACUU